AUGCAUCAAGACAUUGCACCACGGAAUUUGCUUAUCGACCCUGACACAUACAAGAUUAUUCUCUUCGAUUUUGAUUGGGCCGCCAAUGGGAAGGAAGGUCUAAUGGAUGGUCGAGACGAUGUGUCCGGUGUUAUCUUCACACUAUACAAGAUCAUCACGAACGAUACAAACCCUACAAGCAUUCCUCACUGGGAGCGAAAUACUGACAUGGUACAGAAUAUUGAAUGGACUUGUUGCCGCGAACUAGACUCUGACGUCUCAAAGUUCCGCGAGUUUCUGCAUGAAUGGGUAGCAGCGAGGACCGAUACAGCGGCAGGACAAUGUUCCAACGCGCCCAAGCGGCUUACAUGGCCGGAUCUCCCAACCCCUGUGCCCUUUGAGAUGGGUUUGACACAGGAAGGAGAAAAUGUCUAG